UAUCGCUCUAUUAGGUCCGCUACUGAGCACAACUAGAUGCAGCACAGAGAUCAUUGUGUGAUGAGAGAGGGGAGACGCAGAGGAAAUGCUUCAUCUGCCACAUGGAUCCUUUUUUCUUCCAAAUGGUCUGCCUAAAGAAGUUACCCACUGACAGUUUUUUAAUGCUUGUGUCUCUCAUCCACUGGACACGUUGUGCCCCUGCUCCUCAUCUCAUCUCAGAUGAACUGACAGCCUUAUAAAUAAUAAAGGCUAAUUCUUGAAGGAGGCAGUACACAAUGAGAGAGAAAAAAACUCAAGAAAGCCCCGGAGGAGUGAUUCAUUUGCUUCCUUUCUCAUCCGUGCUGUGAGAUACAAGCUCUGUCCUUCCUGGUGGAUAUUUGUUAACCUCAGGUGAACUCACAUAGGCAGUGAGCCAACCUGCUCCAAUGGAGUCUGCUAUGGAGACCAACCAGACAGACAUGGAUGGUUACAGCCUCCAGAUUGCCCUGCCACUCACAGUACUGGUGGGGAUCAUGAUCCUGUUGAUAGUAUUUGGUAAUGUACUGGUGGUCAUAGCUGUGUUUACAAGCCGGGCCCUACGGGCUCCCCAGAACUUAUUCUUGGUGUCUCUGGCAUCAGCAGACAUUUUAGUGGCUACCCUUGUGAUGCCUUUCUCCUUAGCCAAUGAGCUCAUGGGAUACUGGUACUUUGGUGAAGUGUGGUGUGAGAUAUACCUUGCACUCGAUGUUCUCUUCUGCACUGCCUCCAUUGCCCACCUUUGUGCUAUCAGCUUAGACCGCUACUGGUCCAUCACCCAGGCCAUUGAGUACAACCUGAAAAGGACACCGCGCCGCAUCAAAUGCAUCAUCUUCAUUGUGUGGGUUAUUGCAGCAGUUAUUUCCUUCCCACCUCUAAUCACCAUGGAGAAAGAAAAGAAUACUGAAAGUAAUUCUAACAAUAAUAACAAUUAUACUAACAUCACUAAACCUUUGUGUAGGAUCAAUGAUGAGAAAUGGUACGUCAUCUCCUCCUGCAUUGGGUCCUUCUUCCUCCCAUGUGUCAUCAUGGUGCUGGUCUAUGUGCGGAUCUAUCAUAUUGCCAAAAAGAGGACGCGAGCACCACCUGGAGACCGAACACGCAAGACUGCCACCAUCGCUGCUGCCAACCAGAAACAGAAUGGCCUGGGUGAUGCUGAGGACCGUCUCUGCCAUGAGAAGCUGAAUGGUGAACAGGCCAUGGAGUUGAAGGAGGAAGUGAAACAAGUAGGGGGUGCAGAGGAUGGGAAAGGUGAGGUCAACGGGGUGGACAUUGAGGACUCAUCCUCCUCUGACCACAAUAUGAACAAUCCAUGCUCAAUUAAAAAGAAACCGACUAAGGGGAAACCCAGGCUGAGUCAAAUCAAACCAGGGGACAAUGACAUCCAAAAGUGCGAGCCGAGCACCAAGGGCAGCCGCUGGAAAGGUCGUCAGAACCGGGAGAAACGCUUCACGUUCGUCCUGGCAGUGGUCAUUGGAGCAUUUGUGAUCUGCUGGUUUCCCUUUUUCUUUACGUACAUGCUGAAGACACUGUGUCAGUCCUGCUAUGUCCCUGACACCCUGUUCAAGUUCUUCUUCUGGUUCGGCUAUUGCAACAGUGCAUUGAACCCCAUUAUUUACACCAUCUUCAACAACGACUUCCGGAGGUCAUUCAAAAAGAUACUGUGCAGGAGGGACACGAGAAGAUAUGUAUGAUGGACCAUCUUGUACAUACUUUGUUUGUUUGUUUUUUUUACCAUAUUGCACAUAAAUUGUAAAACACAGUGAUCUUUGUGCAUGGAUCACCAGUUUGUGAUCGCUCUAGGUGUAACUGCUUGGAAAAGCUUUGCCAGGAUGAGCUUCCUGUGCACUAGUGGGAAAAAUUUGCCUUUGGGACUUUCUGGGAGAAAACUUUGUUUUCUUUAAUAUUCGUCUAGGUUUGGGUACUUGGUAAGGUUUCAGAAAGAUUGAGGUUUUGGGUUAAGAAACAUUCUUUCAAAAACAUUUAUGUCUUACAGAUUCUGUCCAGCAGAAAGAACUGAAGGCUAACUUCUCCCAUGUGUUGCGACAUUCUCUUUUUGAACCAUCUCUGCCACUCACAGCCUGAACAAUAAGUCCACAAAAAGAGAGGCUUAAAGUACAGAACACCACAGUGAAAACAUGUUUUGUUGUAACUGCUAUUUGUAUUUUUAUAAAAGAAACACAGUGAAGUCCAUGAUAUGUAUUGUAUUUUAUGGCAGUAUAUUGUACAAAAUGAUCUGUCUGAACAUUUGUCUCUAUUUUUGUUGGAUACAGUAUUGUGCUAUUUUUUUUUUUAAUGAUAUGAAGUGAUGUCAGUGAUGGUUAGGAUGAUGAUGAUGGUGGUGAUGACAACUUGUGGGAAAAAUGCAGACCCUUUAAAAGAAUAAAUAAAGGCCACUUCCUGAAACAGUCUCAAGGAGCCAUAUAAAACUUCAGACCGGUAACAAAUGUUAUAAUUUACAGUAUGUUAUACUGUGUUGACACGCACUUUUUUUUACACAAACACACUAGAGGCUCGUAAUAAAAUGGGAAAGAGGCAUAAAGUCAGCACAAACAGGAAAAAAAAGUCUGAAUUUGUUCUCAGAAAAUGAGGCGCUAAAGAAGAGUUCCCAAAGAAUAAAGCGUUUUUAUCUGCCUGCCAUGUGAGGGUGUGAAAACCUUCUUGUACAGU